UGUGUGUGUGGGUGUGUUUGAAUGCCACAGCCUGCAGUUACUGGAUUACACCAUUUUGCUACACCCAUCUAUAAGUAAGCACGCACAAUGAUCUGCCGAGCGCCGUUUUUUCAUGUGCUUAAAACCGGCAUUUUGAAGAAGUAAUAGAUUUGCAGUUUUACUGAAUUUUCAUCAUGUCUUCUUGUCAGACAGACUGCGUUGAGAAACCCCUCUGUAAAGGGUUUGAGAAACUUGGACGUUUCGUUGGCAGAAAUCCCUGGUGGUUCUUCACAAUUCCUCUGCUUCUUUCCGCAGGACUGGGAGUGGGUUUUUAUUUUUUGCCAGCACUUGAAGCCAAUGAUUUGGAAGAGCAAUUCACACCCGUCGGUGGACCAGCAAAGUCCGAGAGAGAGUUUAUACGGGAACAUUUUCCAACCAAUGAUUCUGAAUUCUUCUUUGCACAGAGACUUUACACGGAGGGGACAUAUGUUUCUUUUAUUGCUGUAUCAAAAGGUAACAACAUCCUUACCAGUGAUGCACUUAAUGUGAUUCUAGCACUCGAUGAAAAAGUAAAGCAGCUUCGUAUUGCUGACAAUAACAAUGUGACGUGGAACUAUUCUUCUCUCUGUGCACGGGAAUCGGGCUCUUGUUUCUCAAAUGCAAAUUUAAAUUUUAUAAAACUCAUUCUUACUUCGUUGGGUAGCAAAGAGUUUACUUAUCCGAGAAUGAACGGCGUCUUUAUUGGUUCAACUGUCGGAGGUGUAGAAUUGAAACCAAACGGAAAUAUCAUUGCAGCAGCAAAGGCGAUUAAACUGAAAUAUUAUUUACAAGAAGAUAAUGAAGAAAUGAAAGCGAAAAAUUUGCUGUGGCUCAAAAAUUUCCUUUCCGUCUUUCCUAAGGAACUGAUGAACCAGAAGGACAUUGAGGUGUCUUAUUUCACAUCGGUAUCAAGACAAGAAGAAUUUGAAAAAAACUCGAAAAGAAUUAUUCCGUUGUUCUCGAUCACCUAUUUUCUUUCAAUCUUUUUUUCCAUCCAGUCUUGCAUGAGGUCUGACUGUGUGAGGAAUAAAGUCUGGGUUGCUGCUCUGGGAGUGAUAUCAGCUGGAUUUGCUGUACUAUCGGGAUUUGGGCUGCUGCUGUUUUGUGGGGUGGAAUUUGCCAUCAAUACAGCCAAUGCACCUUUUCUAAUUCUAGGUAUCGGUGUGGACGAUAUGUUUGUUAUGCUCGCCAGCUGGCAAAGGACAAAAGUUAAAGAUAAAGUUGAAGAUCGCUUGGCAAAGACAUACAAGGAAGCAGCUGUUUCCAUCACAAUUACCACUCUGACUGAUGUUCUGGCCUUUUAUAUUGGCAUUGCGACACCUUUUCGAUCCGUGCAAUCAUUUUGUAUUUACACUGGUACAACUGUUCUGUUCUGCUUCAUUUACAACAUUACAUUUUUUGGAGCUGUUCUUGCACUGAAUGGACGAAGAGAAGCCAGUAACAGGCAUUGGCUGACAUUCAGAAAGGUUGAAAUGGUUGCUAAACAAGGAGAAUCUACACUCAGUACAAGGUGUUGUGUAGGUGGUGCUUAUAAUCAGGAAACAGGCACAGAAUUGGAACAUCCAGUCUACUUCUUCUUUAAAGAAUAUUAUGGUCCUUUCCUUACAAAAGGAUGGACCAAGGCAGCUGUGAUUCUUCUGUAUUUAGGAUAUUUAGCUGGCAGUAUUUAUGGCUGUUUACAUAUCAAAGAAGGAAUAGAUCUCAAAAAUCUGGCCUUUGAUGAUUCAUAUGCGAUUCCAUUCUAUGACGAUGCAAUUGAAUAUUUCUCAGAGUUUGGACCACGAGUCAUGGUCGCUGUUACUGAAUCUGUAGAUUAUUGGGAUUCCAGUGUGCGAGAUGAAAUUGAAACCUGCAUGGGUAGGUUUGAAAAUCUCUCGUAUGUAGAUAGUGAACUGACAGAGUCCUGGCUUCGUGCUUACAUUGGGGUUUAUAGAACUAACACCAGCGCCAUAAACACAGAAAAAAUGUUCAUGACAAACUUAUAUAAAUUCCUUCAGUUUCUCCCGUCAAUCAAACGAGAUGUUGACAUUUCAGAAAAUAACCAAAGCAUUAAGGCUUCCCGUUUUUUCAUUCAGACCAUUAAUACCAAUAUUUCGGGUGCAGAAAAAAACACACUGAUUGAAUUAAGGGAAAUAGCGAAGGAAUGUAGAAUUCCAUUGCUAGUAUAUCACUCAGCAUUCAUCUAUUAUGAUCAAUAUCUUGUUAUAAUAGCCAACACAAUACAGAAUAUAAUUGUGGCUGCUGCUGCCAUGCUCCUUGUUGCCUUAUUGUUAAUACCUAAUCCAGUUUGUUCUCUGUGGGUCACAUUUGCUACUGCCUCAGUAUUAGUGGGUGUGGCUGGAUUUAUGUCUUUCUGGGGUGUCAAUUUAGACUCAAUAUCAAUGAUUAAUCUGGUCAUUUGUAUUGGCUUUUCAGUGGAUUUUUCAGCUCACAUUUCAUAUGCAUAUGUUUCAAGUGCCAAAGGAAAUUGCAAUGAUAGGGCUGUAGAUGCAUUGUAUGCUCUUGGCUAUCCCAUUAUUCAGGGAGCUCUUUCAACCAUACUGGGUAUUAUCGUGUUGGCUGCUGCCAAAGGUUAUAUAUUUAGGACGUUUUUUAAAAUCAUGUUUCUUGUCAUAUCUUUUGGGGCAGUUCAUGGUCUUGUAUUUCUGCCCGUUUUUCUAACUCUCUCUGGAAUCUCUAGAGAAAACGGCAAGCACAUAAAUCCAGUCCUAGCGAAGUCCUAUGCAAAUGUGCGUUUUAAUAAAGGACAUGAAAAUACAGAGUUAUGUGCCAAAAAUGACCAAGGAUGAUCUUCAUCAAAAAAUAAAGACAGUUCAUUGUGAUAUUCUUUCAAGAGUCAAGAGUGCUAAUUGGCAUAUGUCUCGGUACAAUAAUAUUCUUACUUGCUACAGCACCACAUAACUCUCUGUUCUCUAGUUGUCCAAGAAUCAUGUACAUAUAACCAUAUAACAAUUACAGCACGGAAACAGGCCAUCUCGACCCUUCUAGUCCGUGCCGAACACGUAUUCUCCUCUAGUCCCAUACACCUGCAUUCAGACCAUAACCCUCCAUACCUUUCCCGUCCAUAUAACUAUCCAAUUUAUUUUUAAAUGAUAAAAACAAACCUGCCUCCACCACCUUCGCUGGAAGCUCAUUCCACACAGCUACCGCUCUCUGAGUAAAGAAGUUCCCCCUCAUGUUACCCCUAAACUUCUGUCCCUUAAUUCUCAAGUCACAAGAAAUUUCCUAGUCUCAAGAAAUAUUUUCUUUUCGUAUAUAUUUACUGGAAGGAAGUGAAAAACCCCCCAAUUGGAGUAGUUUUUGUUUAUAAUUUCAACAGUGUCAUUUUUCAGCAUGGAGAGAUAUUGUUACUGGAUUACCCUAGGAAUUUUUUUUUCUUGGCCCUCAGUUGUUUGCCCUUUACAUCAAUGGCCUGAAGAAGGGAGAAAAAUGUUAGGUUUCCAAGUUUUCCAAUAAUACAAAACCAGGUGGAAAGACAUGUUGUAAGGACAUUCUGAUUCUGCAAUGGGAUAUAGAUAGAUGGAAUAAUUAGGCAAAAACAAUAAAACGUGGGGAGGGGCGAGAUCAUGAAAUUCAGUAACAAUAAUCUAAAGGCAGACUGUUAUGUAAAUGGAGAGAGACUGUAAAUGAGUGAUGGUGAUCUAGAUAUUCUAGUGCGUGCAUCACUAUGCACCACUUUUAAAUCAGUAAAGUUAGCACCUAGGUUCAACAUAUAGUUAAGAAGGUAAACAGCAUUUUAGGGUUCAUUGCAAAAAGGUUGGUGUUUACGAAUAGAAAGGCUUUGCUCAGUUGUACAUGGUGUUGAUGAGACUAUACUUGGAAUAUUGUACAUAGUUUUAGUCCCUUAGCUGAAAGAAUAUAUCCUGUCAUUGUGGGCAGUCCAAAAGAGAUUCACCAGGAAAAUUCCUGAGAUGAGAUGGUUAUCUUAUCAAAAGACACUAGAGAAUUUGGAUUGCAUGUUACUUUCGAGUAUGGAUGAAUGAAGGGUGACUUUAUUCAUGAUCAUAUUGAAUGGUGGGGUAGGCCUGAGGAACCUGAUGGUCUACUCCUGCUUCUAUUUUCUUGUGUUCAGGCAACCUGAAUGCCACAAUAUGGAUAACAAUUGCUUCAAUUGGUCAUCUCUCUCGCAACCCUAACAAAUGAUGCAAUAUAUCUGUUAACAUAUGAGAAAGGAAACUCAGAUUGAAGUUCUGCCUUUCAUCUAUGGGCAUCCGAAAAUAGAUGGGGGUUUUUUAGCUGUAACAUUAAAUAUACUUGAUAAUCCAGAAGAUAAUCAAAUUCUGCAUCUUAUGAUGGCAGAGCUUAAUCAAAAUGCAAAGGCAAUCCAAAUAAUGUAAAGCAAUCCAAAUAUAGCAAUGUAAUAUAAAUGGAGAUAAAAUGGCAGAGUGUUCGAAGUGUGAAAUGGAAAAACUGGUCCUCAUAUGCACGUCUUUGCUACUCUACUCCAGCGGGUCAACUCUUUGGAUAUACAUAUACCCCAGGAAUUGAUUGACAGAAAAUAUAUGCCUUUGACACAGUCCGAUGUGAUAAAUGGCAUAAUAAGCAGUCUUGCUCUCUGAAAUAAUGGUGUAAAAUAAGCUUAAAAUGUCUGAUGUUUGGUUUAAUGGUCAACAUAGGCAUAUUGCCUUUACAUCUGAAAAUGUUUUCAUGGUUUUGUUAAUUCUUAAGUGGUCCGCUGCUGUGAGCCAGUACCUGUUCUAAAAAUAAUCGUUGCUGUUUGUUGUGCUGUUCUCCUUGCAAUUGCAAAACUCAUUAAAACUUGCAGGUUCCUGUUCAAUUGAAUGGUUACUGCACUAUAACCCCGA